AUGGACCGGAAACUUCGAGACGGAGCGAGUCACCGGCUGCCCGCCAUCAGUACCUCUGAGCCACAUCAUUCGUACCAGACCACGCAUUCGGGGAUCACGAAGAUUGCUCGGUUGAGUGCAGCCUUGGCACUAGCGAUACUGGUGGUGCUAUCACUGUCAGAUUUGUCCGCACUUUCCUGGACAACAAGCCCAAGAUGGCCUCCUACCAACGCAGCCCAUCCGUUGGGUAGCUCCGAGGACACGAAAAAGAAGGAAGAGGAUGAGUUCAACUGGGCGAACAUCACACCCAGUCCACCACCAAUACAGUGGCAACCAUGCUACGAUGACGAACUCGACUGCGCGCGGCUGGAUCUCCCCAUGGACUGGCAGCAAGCAGACGCAACUAAUGGCUCUGCUUCAGUACGGCGUGUCAUCUUAGCCAUCGUCCGUCUCCGAGCUGCCGUGCCUUCAAACAGCCCCGACUACCGAGGACCAGUCAUCUUCAACCCUGGCGGGCCGGGAGGGUCGGGGAUAUGGUCACUCCGCGACCACGGCAAAGACCUGCAGACGAUCGUGGGCACCAACCACGAUAUCAUCAGCUGGGAUCCACGAGGUAUCGGUGCUUCAACGCCGCGGAUUGACUGUUGGGCGUCGGCACAGGAUCGUGUAUACUGGGAUUUGCAGGACCCAGGUGUGGUGGAUGCCCAUGAAGGGGCAGUGUACGAUGCCUAUGCUAGGGCGGCUGCGUACUCGCAAGUUUGUGAGCGGAAUAUGGAGGAGUCGGGGAUCUUGGAGCAUAGCAGUACAGCGUAUCAUGCUAGGGAUCUACUGGCGAUUCUGGAGGCAACGGGGGAAAAAAAGCUGAAGUACUGGGGGUUCAGCUAUGGGACAGUGCUGGGUGGCACGUUUGCUGCUAUGUAUCCGGACAGGGUCGAGAGGAUGGUCAAUGAUGGUAACGUUGACUACGAGGAUUGGUACAACGGCACUUAUAUCAAAUUCGCCCACGACACCGACAAAGUUAUGGAAGCCUUCUACACCUUCUGUCACUCCGCCGGCCCGGAUCGAUGUGCCUUCCAUGCCUCCUCUCCCCUCGCGAUCAAGUCUCGUCUCGACGCCCUCCUCACCAAGCUACGGGCGCAUCCCAUCCUCGUUCCUCAGGGCCAGUCUCCAUCUUCAGACCCAGCUGAACCCUACCACGUCCCCUCACUAGUAACCUACUCCCGCAUCCGCCGCCUGCUCUCCGCAGCCUUCUACCAACCCAUCCUCCGCUUCCCCCAAAUCGCCCCCGUGCUAUCCAGUCUCGAAGCAGGCGACGCCCUCCCUUACCACCACUACACCCUCUCCGACUCUCCACCAGCGGCUCCCCCCUCCCCAACUACCUGCCAAGCCGACGGCGACGACCCUCUUCAACCUCCCCCUUUCAUCUUCUUCGAAGAAAUAGGCAACCCCGACGUCUUCACAGCAGUCGCGUGCUCCGACGCUGCUCCCUUCAUCUCCACCCCCCACGACUUCGCCCUCUACGCCCAACAGCUACUCAACAUCUCUCAGGCUGCAGGCGCGGUGCAGGCUUCUAUUCGGUUAUCUUGCGCUGGCAGGACUGUCCGGCCUCGCUGGGAGCCGUUUAACUCUUCUUCGUUGGAGGCCUUCAAGGAGGUGCAAACGGCUCACCCGGUGUUGUUCAUCAACAACGAAUUCGAUAAUGUGACGCCUUUGAUUAGUGCACGGAAUAAUGCCAAGGGAUUCAGGGGGGCGAGGGUGGUGGUGCAGAGAAGGAGUUGGGGGCAUACGAGUUUGGCGGCGCCGUCGGUUUGUAUGGCGAGGGUGGUUAGGGGGUAUUUUCAAGGGGAGGGGAUGCCGGAGGAGGGGAGGGAGUGUUGGGGGGACGUGGUGCCUUUUGGCCCGGAUGUGGAGGAGGUGACUGAGGAGAGCGAUAUGGAUGGUCAGGAGGAUCUGGAGUUGAGGAGGGCGGUUUGGAGGUUGGCGGGGAGGAGGAGGAUGUAUGGGGUUCUCUGA